UCACGACUCCACUCUCCCUCGUUCAAUUCCCGUUAAUUAUUCUUCUCCCUCAAGUGCAACUAAGGAUAACUCGAUUCUGGAAUCAUAAUGGUUCGUACAAAGAACCCAAGCUAUGUGGAAAAAUCGAAUCCCCCAGCAGAUCUCGAAGAAGAAGCAACUCGUGGAGAUGAAUCAGAACGUGAUUCCGAUAAAACGGACUCAAUUGAGAAGUCAAAUGAUAAGGAUUCAUCGGAAUCUGAGGAUGAAUCCGAUGUAAUGCAACCUUUGAGUAUGUACUUUGAUUACUCCCAGUAUACGAAGCCUUUCAAGAUGUCUGGAAAGUGUUAUAUUUCAGAGGCGGUAAACUUAUUAGGCGGUCAUCUUAAGGAAGAGGAGUUGGAAUGGUUCUUAGGGCACCCACAGUUCAAGCAUUUCUUCCAUAUGCCUAAGGAUUCAAAUCAUAAGUUGAUGGGUAUGUGGAUGUUGUUGCUUCUCACAGCGCAUUUGGAGAAGAAAAAUGAAUGCUGGUCCAUUGUUAAUGGGACUCCCAUCCGGUAUUCUCUCAGAGAAAUGGCAAUCAUUUAUGGGUUAUAUUGCCAUCAGUAUCCAAAAUUCAAGGAUGGUUUGGGCAGUUUAAAUUUUGCUCGUAAGCAAUUUAAAGGUAGACAAAUAAUACAAUAUGGAGAUGUCAAAGCGAAGCUACUUUCGAUGAAGAAACCUUCAGAGGAUCGUUUGAAGAUGGCCGUACUGUAUUUUUUAUCUAGCGUCAUCAUAGGGAAGAAAAAGGGUGGAAAGAAUGCACCCUCUGUGGAGCCUUUCUUUCUUAGAGCUGUGGAUGAUCUUGAUUUGUGUAGAACAUUCCCUUGGGGUCGAAUGCCAUUUGAUGAGAACAUGAAAGACAUGUUUCAUUUGAUGGGACACUUUGAUGGAGUUGUGGGUCCACAGUGGGUCUUUCCUAGUUUCAUCAUUCCUUUGGAGCUUCUUGCGUUUGAAGCAAUUCCUGUGCUAAAGAACACCUUCCGAGAAGACGUUUCUGAUUCACAUGCACACCGUAACUGUCCUCGGAUGUGCAAGAUGAAGUUUAAAGCAAGUAAGAAGAAAGGUUUUUCUUUGAAAGAAAUAUAUGACCAACUUGGUACAACUAAGGAGAUUGAUAGUAUGUUAACUCCAACUCCUCGGGAGGCACGCCUUUUAGCCAUGAUCAUAGAUGAGGAUGGUGGCUGGGAUGAUGCGGAUGAUCCAGUUGCUGAUGGUUGGAGCAAACGUUUAAUUGAAAAGGACAAGUCAAUUUGGUUUGAAGAGCUUCACAACCUAGAUGUGGCCGCCUGA